AUGGCACAUUUGAAGAAACGGUUAGGUCAAGCCGGCGUAGAUUUAAGCAAUCCAAGGCUCAAUGAAUCAUUCGUUCUUAUUGGCACUCCUUUGCCCCCCCUAGACAAGACAAAAGAUGCCAACGAAUUUGUUCCAUUAUGGAAACAAGAGGUCAGAGACGAACAAGGGAGACGACGCUUGCAUGGCGCGUUCACUGGUGGAUUCUCAGCUGGCUACUUCAACACGGUCGGAUCCAAAGAAGGCACAAACGAUCGCAACAAAGGAAAAACGAUGCGUCCAGAGGAUUUCAUGGAUGAUGAGGACCGUGCUGAAAUGCAAGAAAGCCGCAAACUAGUCGAUAUGGAUGAGGUUGCCGAAAGCCAUCGGGGUCAUGGCAUGGCGGUGGACGAGACAGACACUAUCACAGCUGCAUUGGCGAACAUGCUUCCACCCGUGAAUGAAUCGAUAGGAGCCCAGCUGCUGAAGAAGAUGGGAUGGAAACCCGGACAAGGAAUAGGUCCAAGACUAACAUAUGAACAACUCAAGCGACGCUCCGAGCAAGAUGGCACCCCUUUACCGGCAGUCGAUGAUGCAGAGGCCGUCAAACACACCUAUGCACCGCGGGACACCAAAUUGUUGACCGUUGUGCGGAAAGAUGACUUUCACGGUCUAGGAUAUACCCCGGCUGGUAGCCUUCGUGCAUCUCAAACAGCGUCUACCUCUAGCGGACCUCGUAUCAGCGCUGGGUUUGGACUGGGUGCCCUCAACGAAGCUGACGAAGAUGACUUGGAUGUAUACGACAGUGGACUGACGUCAGGGAGUCGACGUUUGGCAUUCGAAGCCGGCGAAGAGGAUGAGGAUGAUCGUAAACCAAGCAAGGCUGAUGCACAAGGGAGGCCAAAAGUUCAAUCAGCGGGCUUUUUCAAGAAUGGAGCGCCUCUACUUGGAGGCUUCGUGGUCGCAGAGGUUCCUGUACCAGCACCACCAACUUUUGAACCUCCAGUCGUACCUCAGUCGUGGAAUCCUGAUCCAAAUCUAGUAGUGGAAAAGGGUGUCUCUGCAGACGAGAGGGGUAAAAUACUGGGUGAGACACCGCUUCCAACGGCAACUCGAUCGAUAUGGGACUACAUUUCUGCCAAAGACCGCGAACGGAUCCAAGGGAUCAAGGAAAAUAAGGAUGGAGGAAGCCAACCCACUGCUCCUCCACCAGUCUACAUCGUGAAAGUGCCUCCAAUAGAGCCGGCGACAGCAAAAGCCGCUCUCUUAGGAUUUCAACCUUUCAAGGACGAUCCCGCAAAACAGUCAAGAUACACGGCAUACCUAAAGGCCCAAGCGUCAUCGUCGGCCAUAGACCUCCAAGCAGCUCCUGGACAAAGCAUUGAGGAUUUCAACAAUGAACUCGAAAGCUUCGCAAAGGCCGCUCAGAUAUUCAAGCCAAUGUCGGCUGCCAUGCAAAGCCGGUUCAGAACCUCUUCGACAAUCGAAGUGGCGAAGAAGCAGCAAGAAGGUCUCUAUCAACCAACUGAUGAAGCGUAUGCCGCGCACGAGACGAAAGCAGAGCAAGACACAAAAAUGGAAGUCGAGGAGACACCGAAGCAGCACGCAGCAAAGAUGGGCAUGUUUGGCGCAAUGACCCGCGAACAGACAGACUGGCUUCCGAUGAAGCUGCUCUGUAAACGGUUCAGGGUUCCCCAACCGAAAAUUGCUGCAGCGGAAGAGGUCGCUGACGAUUCAAGCGCCAGCAAUUUGUAUGGGGCCAGCGUCGAGCAAGAGCCCGUUUCGAUGGAGGUGGAAACUUCUUCUGCUUCUAAUGCCAUCCGAGUCGUAGCUGCCGGAGAAGGAACAGAGGAUGGCGGCAAGCGCGACCUGACCAAUAUUGGGUUGGGAGAGGAUGACACUCAGGGGCGAGAUACUCUAACUUAUGAGCGCCCCGGGAUGGACAUUUUCAAGGCAAUUUUUGCAAGCGAUGAGGAGAACAGUGAUAAUGAGGAGGAGAAUGUCGACAUCAACGAUCUCGCGCGUCCACCAGUCGAAGCCAAUACAAAGCCACGGCCCGCGAUGCAGAUAGUAGAGCCCGUAGAUCUUUCCACCUUCAAGCCAGUAUUCGUUUCUCGAUCAGGUCGCGACCCGAAACGGGAGGACGGAGAGAAGAAGACGAAGAAAAAGUCUAAACCCCAACCAACAAUGUCCUUUAUGGAUGAUGAUGAAGGCGGUCUGACCGUCAUACCAACUGCUAAGAAGAGGAAGCGGGACAAAGAUGGCGACGCCAGGAGCAGCAAGAAACGAAAAGACAAGGAUGAAGCAAAAUCAACAAGCAAGGCUCCUGUUACCACAUACGAAGAGGAUGACGACGAGAUGUGGGUUGAAAAGGAAAUAGUACCCGCCCCUCGGGUCGCACCAAAACCGCCGGACAUGCCAAGCAGAGUCGAAACGACAAACAGGCGACCAAAGGCGGCCGAUUUCCUAUGA